AUGAUUGAAGAAGACCAAGUCAGUUAUGAGACUAGCAAAUACACCGACCUAAUUGAAAAAUAUAACAGAGAUCCAUUGACAUACCUUAAACAAUACUAUACCAAAUAUUAUCAUGUUUCAACUGAUAAAAUAGUAAAUGUGACGAACAAGAAACGACCAUUGCACAAGGAAACAGUCAUCUGUGUGAUCAGUAUCAAUGAAGAAUUUGACUCCAUCACAAACUGUGCCAAGUCUACCGAGUACAAAGUGAGAGCAUGUCUGGCAGGAUGGAUAGUUGAGUUCAAUAAACGUCUUUUGGAAGAUGAGGAAUUAUUAUUUCGAAAGCCAUACACAGAAGGAUAUAUUGCCAUUGUCAAGCCGAAGCAUGAGAACACACAAAUAGCACUUGGAAACUGUUUGACUGAGGACGAAUAUAAAGCAUUGCGUGGAUUGGAUUGA